CGCACCUGAGCCCAUCUGAACUCACCUGAGCUCACCUGAGCUCACCUGUCCCCCCCGCCAUGAGGAUUUGGGGCCCCCGUUACCUGCGGGCUCACCUGGGGCUGCUGCUGCACCUGUGGGGGCUCUGCGGUGUGCCCCCAGGUGCCGCCCUGCCGUCCUCAGGUGCGACCCCGGAACCCUCAGGUGAGCCCGAGGAGGGCCAGGUGCGCCUGGCCGGGGGCCCGCACAGGUGCGCGGGGCGCGUCGAGGUGUUCCACGCGGGCAGGUGGGGCACGGUGUGCGACGACACCUGGGACCUGGCGGCCGCGGCCGUCACCUGCCGCCAGGUGCGCUGCGGCCCCGCCCUGUGGGCGCCGGGCGCGGCGCAGUUCGGGCGUGGCUCAGGUGCGAUCUGGCUGGACCAGACCAACUGCAGCGGCAGCGAGGCGCACCUGGCCCAGUGCCCCGCCCACACCUGGGGCCGCAACGACUGCCAGCACGGGGAGGACGCCGGCGCCGUGUGCGCAGACUCGCUGGAGCCGGAGCCGCCUCACCUGCGCCUGGCCGGGGGCCGGCACCGCUGCGCGGGGAGGGUGGAGCUGCUGCACCUGGGCAGGUGGGCCGGGGUCUGCGGGCACACCUGGGGCCCGCGGGAGGCUCAGGUGGUCUGCAGGUACCUGGGCUGCGGGACCCCCCUGGACGCACCUGGGGACGCACCUGGGGACGCACCUGAGGGUGCACCUGGGGCCACACCUGAGGGUGCACCUGGGGCCACACCUGGGGCCACACCUGGGGCCGCACCUGGCCAGGUGUGGCUGGAACAGGUGAGCUGCAAAGGCACCGAGAGCGACCUGAGGCAGUGCAGGGCGGGGCCCUGGCGGGAGCGCACCUGUGCCCGGGGGGGCGUGGCCAACGUCACGUGCUCAGGUGGGUGUGACGUCACCCUCAGCUGGGCAGGUGGCUCAGGUGUGGGGGACGGCUCAGGUGUGCUCAGGUGCCCCUCCCCCACCCCUCCCCCAGCACCUGUCCCUCCCCUGUCCUCCCGCCCAGGCUGGGCGCUGGCCACGCCCCCUCAGGUGCGCCUGGCGGACGGGCCAGGUGCGUGCGCGGGCCGGGUGGAGGUGCUGCACCUGGGCAGGUGGGGCACGGUGUGCGACGACGGCUGGGCCUUCCCCGCCGCCGCCGUCGUCUGCCGCUACCUGGGCUGCGGGCAGGUGAUCGCGGCCCCGCCCCGCGCGCGCUUCGGGCCCGGCCGCGGCCCCGUCUGGCUGGACAGGCUCACCUGCACAGGUGAGGAGGCCGCGCCCCACGAGUGCCGCCACAGAGGGUGGGGAGUGCACAGCUGCCAGCACAGCGAGGACGCCGGCGUCGUGUGCGCAGGUGAGGCACCUGGGACAGGUGAGACAGGUGAGAGACCACUCUCACCUGUCCCCCCCCCGGCAGGUUCGGGCCUGGCUGACCUGGUUCACCUGCGCCUGGCCGGGGGCCCGCACAGGUGCGCCGGCCGCCUGCAGGUGCGGCACGAGGGGCGCUGGGGCGGGGUCUGCGGCCUCACCUGGGCGCUGCCCGCCGCGCGCGUCGCCUGCCGCUACCUGGGCUGCGGCCCCGCCCUCCGCGCCGCCCAGGUGAGCGUGCCCCGCGACGAGCUCACCUGGGUGGAGUCGCUCAGGUGCGAGGGCGGCGAGGGGAACCUGCUGGAGUGCCAGGUGAGGGCCUGGGGCGCCCCCCCCUGCCCGCACGCCGCCGUCACCUGCGCCGAGCCAGGUGUGUCCCUGCCUGAGCCAGGUGUGAGCCCGGCACCCUCAGGUGCAGCCCCGCCGCCCUCAGGUGCAACCCCGGAACCCCCAGGUGUGCCCCCAGCUGUGACCCCGGAACCCUCAGGUGAGCCCCUGAUACCCCCAGGUGAGCCCGAGGAGGGCCAGGUGCGCCUGGCCGGGGGCCCGCACAGGUGCGCGGGGCGCGUCGAGGUGUUCCACGCGGGCAGGUGGGGCACGGUGUGCGACGACACCUGGGACCUGGCGGCCGCGGCCGUCACCUGCCGCCAGGUGCGCUGCGGCCCCGCCCUGUGGGCGCCGGGCGCGGCGCAGUUCGGCGAGGGGGCGGGGCCGGUGUGGCUGGACGGGCUCAGGUGCGCCGGCAGCGAGGCUCACCUGGCCCAGUGCCCCGGGCACACCUGGGGGACGCACACCUGCAACCACGCCGAGGACGCCGGCGCCGCGUGCGCAGCCUCGGCGGUGCCGGCCCCGCCCCAGGUGCGCCUCUCAGGUGCGCCCGACAGGUGCGCGGGGCGGGUGGAGGUGCUGCACGCGCACCUGUGGGGCACCGUGUGCGACGACGCCUGGGGCCCGCGGCAGGCGCAGGUGCUCUGCGCUCACCUGGGCUGCGGCCCCGCCCUGGAGGCGCCGGGCGCGGCCAGGUACGGCCGGGGGGAGGGGCCCAUCUGGCUCGAUGACGUCACCUGCACGGGGGAGGAGCCCGACUUCUUCAGGUGCGCCCACCGCACCUGGGGGGAGAACAACUGCCACCACGGCGAGGACGCGGGCGUGGUGUGCGCAGGUAACUCGAGCUCAGGUGAGGUGCGGCUGGCGGCCGGGCCGCACCUGUGCGCAGGUAGGGUGGAGGUGCUGCACGAGGGGCGCUGGGGCACCGUGUGCGACCACGGCUGGGACCUGAGCGACGCCCAGGUGAGCCCUGCAGGUGCCCAGGUGAGCUCAGGUGUCUCCUUGGGCUCACCCAGGUGUGUUUGGGGUCACCCAGGUGUGUUCACCUGCCCCAGGUGUGUUCCCAGGCCUCACCCAGGUGUGCUCACCUGCCCACAGGUGGUGUGCCGCCAGGUGCGCUGCGGGCCGGCGCUGGCGGCCCCGGGCGGGGCGCGCUUCGGGCGGGGCUCGGGCCAGGUGUGGCUGAGCGAGCUCACCUGCGCGGGCAGCGAGCGGCACCUGGGGCACUGCCCCGCCCCCCCCUGGGGCAGCAACACCUGCGGGCACGAACGCGACGCGGCGGUGGAGUGCGCAGCCCCGCCCCCCACGCCCUCACCUGUCCCGGCGGCUCCGGGGGCGCCUCUCCAGGUGCGCCUGGCCGGGGGCCCGCACAGGUGCGCGGGGCGCGUCGAGGUGUUCCACGCGGGCAGGUGGGGCACGGUGUGCGACGACACCUGGGACCUGGCGGCCGCGCGGGUCACCUGCCGCCAGGUGCGCUGCGGCCCCGCCCUGGGCGCGCCCGGCCGCGCCCGCUUCGGGCCCGGCGCCGGCCCCGUGUGGCUGGACCAGGUGCGCUGCUCAGGUGAGGAGCUCACCUUGGACAGGUGCGAGCGGCAGCCCUGGGGGGAGCACGACUGCGGGCACGAGGAGGACGCGGGCGUGGUGUGCGCAGGUGAGCACGGCACAGGUGCCGACCCCCCCCAGGUGCGGCUGCGGGGCGGCCCCGGGCCCUGCGCGGGGCAGGUGCAGGUGCUGCUGCAGCGCACCUGGCUGCAGGUGUGCGGCCUCACCUGGGGGCUGCCCGAGGCGCAGGUGCUGUGCCGGCAGCUGGGCUGCGGCCCCGCCCUCGGCGCACCUGUGGGGCCGCACCUGCCCGGGGCGGGGCCUCACCUGGCCGGGCUCACCUGCGACGGCUCCGAGUCGCAGCUGCAGGAGUGCCUGCGGGAGGGGGCGGGGCCGAGCACCUGCACAGGUGGGGCGGCGCAGGUGCGCUGCGCCCUGCCCGCAGGUGCGGCCCCCACCUGCGCGUACCUGGUGGCGCUGCUGGUGCUGCUGACGUCGCUGGGCGGGGCCCUGCUCUGGCUCACCUUGCGGGCCAGGUGUGUCCCAGCUCACCUGGACGCCCCGAGGGCCCCCGGCGCCAUUUACCUGCCCAGGAGGGACUCACCUGGCGAGGCCGAGGAGCUGCAGCUGAUGGACGACGCCCCCUGAGCUCACCUGGCGGGGCUCACCUGGCGGGGCUCAC